UUGAAAAUCAUUUCCUAUGUAUAACUACCUUUUUCGCUUGUGUUUUGAACCAAUGCAUUUUACAAGAAUUUAAUACAUUUUAGAAUAAGUAAACCAAGAGCAAGUUGACAAUAGCGCAAGUGUCGGCUAACCGUAUUGAAAAUGAUAUAGCAAAGUGUCAGUAGCAUAUAACAUAUCUUAAAUGGCAAUUACCUAGAAAAGGUAUUUCAUGGUAGCAGUAACACUCCAGUGUCAUCUGAAUGACUUUUCAAGUCUAGUGAAACAGUAUGAUUAGCAGAAUUACGAUUUUAAAAAGCAAAAAACCGAACGUACAAGAAGCGACUGUUAACGGCGAUUAUUUUAUUCUACUAGAGCGUCAUUUUUACACAUUUUUGGUUUUUAUUUGGUUUUAUUUAUUUUAAGUCGAACGGUAGGGCCGGGGGCAAAAUAUCAUGUUCCGACGGAUAACCGUUUUUUUUUUCUGGCCUUAAACCAUAAAUUGUUUAUAUAACUGAAUAAAUUUACAAAAGAUAACGCCACGACCCUCUAACCCAUUCACGAUUUGUUUUUAUACCAAUACUAACGUGUGUAAAAGUGCUUUAGUAUGAUGAUACAGCUAGUCCAUAUAUGCUCUUAUAGGGGUUUUGACCCUUUAUAAACUUGUUCAAUGGCGCUAUCAGAAGACGGAAAAUGAUAUACCAGGACCACAUGGACUUCCGUUGAUAGGAUGUGCACAUAAAGUUCAUGCCGAUAAUAUUCACUUCCAGUUUAUGGAAUAUGCGGAGGCAUUUGGCGAAAUAUUUGAGAUUCAAAUGUUCGUCGAUACCUUUGUCGUCUUAAAUAGCGAGAGACUCGUACGGAAAGCAUUUGCAGAUAAACAAUACAAUGAAUAUUUUAAUGAUAGGGUUGAUCUGUAUUACGGCCAACAUUUCAAUUGUCGCCAGAAAUCUUUGGGGACAACAAUUGACGGUGCGGGAAAUGUACAUAGAACUACUAGAAAGGAAUUCAUAAAAGCUAUGCAUGUUUACGGUAGUGGCCUGCAAGACCUAGAAAACAACGUGAUGACAGAGAUGGAACUGCUGGUCAAUCGGAUAGAAAAUAUGCACGGGAAAGAAAUGCAGUGUUUUGAUUUAUUCCGAAGAUCAUUAUCAAAUAUAAUGUCAUUGGUGUUCAGCGACAGCGUCAUUGACGACAACGACCCUGACCUUGACAUGUUUUGGCAGCAUGUAGAUGCAGCGGACUUCUUUCUAACCCCGGAGGUUAACAUUAUCAUGAACACGUUCCCAUUCAUGCGAUUCAUUCCUGGAAAAUUUAAAGAAGAAUACAAAAAAUGCAAAGCCUCGUAUGACAAAAUUGUGCAACGAUACUUUUUUGAUAUAAAGGAAAAUCACGUUCCGGGCGAAGUUCGAGGUAUUAUUGAACACUAUCUUGAAGUGCAACGAAAACAAGUUGAAUCUGGGAGUGACAUAUUCUUCACCGAUGAAAGAAUAAUUGCUCAGUUGACCGAAACUGUAGUUGCAGGCAUUAUUACAACAUUGUCUGUCUUGACAAGUUCCAUGCUUGUGCUGUUGAACCACCCAGAGUAUCAGACCAAAAUACAAGAAGAACUUGAUCGUGUCAUUGGCAGGGGACGUCUCCCAAACUACUCUGACAGAGGGAAGUGUACCUUCCUGAAAGCCUUUGGCAUGGAAGUACACCGCUACAUAAAUGUAGGGCCUUUACAAAUUCCUCAUUACUGCCGGAAAAGUAUAGAAUUCGAAGGAUAUCACAUUAGGCGAAACAGCGUGGUAUUAAGCAAUGCGUGGUAUAUUCAUCACGAUGAAAAAAUCUGGGGAGAUCCUUGGACAUUCCGCCCUGAGAGGUUCUUGGACAUAGACGGCAAUCUGUUACCAGCUGAGCACAAGCUGAUUAGAAGCCACAUACCAUUCAGUUGCGGUCCACGGAAUUGUCCUGGGGCUGUGUUUUCAGAAACACGAUAUUUUCUGUACUUGGCGACCCUGUUACAACGCUGGCGUUUCAAGUUUCCUGACGGAAAACAGAAAGGUUGUGACCCAAGAAAUUUAGACAACUAUGAUCUAAAAGUAACUCUCAAAGCAAAGCCCUUUUCCAUCUGUGCAACUGAGCGAUAGUAGAGGUCAUUAAUUACACUUAUAAUUUGAUAAUUUGAUUAUUCAGUGUCUGAAGUAAGCAUAAUUAAAAUUCUUGAUUAGGAUUUAUAUACAUGAGUGGGUAUCCUAGUAUAUAUACGUACUGUGUAAGAUCAGAAGGGUGUUUGACAACUUUACCAUUUUUUGUAAUUGGUGUGAUGGAUUAGAUAUAUUAGAAUACGAGAGUCAUUCAAAAUAUAAUGCAACCAUUGCUGUAAUUCCUUUACAGAAUGAUAAGAUGCACAUCAAUAAAUCAUCCUGAUAUUGUACCUUUGGCUACAGCCAUCAUUCACAGUUUGCCGACGGUUUUCUGUUACCAAGCAACAGAAGAAUGUCUAUAAAUCCUAUAUGACUGCGUCAUACUCAAACGGUCACGUGACAUUGGAGCCCUAUAAAAUUUUGAUAAAUAAUUUCUUUGCAAACUGACACGGCAAACUUGUAUACAAGUGAAUAUAAAAUCAUUUCUUAGGUCUCGUGAGAAUCUAGAAUAGCUGUAAAUGUUUAUAUCACGUCAUUUGUGAAAGCUGCCCUCAUUUAUGCUCCAAAUUACGCUUGUCUUAAUAUAUUAUUAAAAGAUAAAAGAGAUAAAAUUAUUCAUAAUGGUAAUGCGUUA